AUGGCUCGUCGUAUGGCUAGGGUGGAGUCAUUGCUGGAGGCACUGAUAGAAAGAGCACCUUGGGCCCGGCCCAGUGACCUGACUCCUGCAUCGAUUCCGGUAACAGAAAAAUAUUCACUUUCCGCUCUUACAUCGUCUCCGAGCGCUCCUCAGCCACAGGCCGAGGUUGAGCCUCCAGCUGGGAAACUUGAUUUGCUGCGUGAACAACUGACGAACAUGCUACCCUGUCAAGCGGACGUGGACUUUCUACUCUCUUCAAGUCACGGGUGGUGGCUAAUCCAGCAACAUAUGAUGGUUCAUCUCCCAAAUUCAAUUGAAAAUGACUUUCAAGGGUUGUUCAAUGUCGACAUCGUUGCGAAGGGUCAUCCGAUUGCAAUAGCGAAACUACUUUUCUGCCUUGCAAUAUGCAUUCAGCAGCUUGCACCUGAACUUGACAUGAGCAAAUUGCAGAUCAAAUCACCCCCGCGAGAACUGAUGGGGAGUAUUGUUGACUUUCUCACCCGAAAUGUCACCUCUGAUGACGAAAUCACUGGGAGGAUCGAGGGGGUUGAAUGCCUUGCACUCCAAGGAGUGUAUGAGGUCAAUGCCGGCAAUCUUCGAAAAUCAUGGCUUUCAUUUCGCAAAGCUCUUGCAAUGGCCGAGCUAUUGGGUUUCCACAGAGUGGCCGUUAGAACAUCCAAAGAAUCGCCCGAUGCGAAGGAGACUAAACGACAUUAUCUAUUGUAUCAAGUUUCAAGAGGGGUACGUUGA